UCUUCCUCUCGCCCGGCGGUUAGUGCCUCGUGGUGUGCCCUGACACUCAAGAGCAAACCUUAGGUUAUAACUGAGCAGCAAUUCCCUUGUUUCUUUGAUCUGUUCUGGAGCUCGUCCGUGGUUCUUCCAGAUUACAAGCAUCAUCAGGAGUUUGGGGACUUAAUUGUUGCGUCUGUCUGCGUGCAGACUGCAGAGCAAUACCCUGCGUCUAUUCUCGAGAUGUUUCUGAGGUCCAAGGUCCAGGAGAUGAUCCUGAGGAGGAGGUCCAGAUCGAUGAGCGGCGCGCAGCACGCCGGCAACCCGUCGACGGCUCCGUGCGUCGAGGACGGCGGCAAGGCUCAUGCGCCGUCCUUCGCGUCGCCGAGGCUGCUGCACUCAGCGUCCCUCCCGGCCGGCGCCGGGAGCCCCAUGCGGGACUCCGUCGCGAUGGCCUACUCCCUGAGCCCGACCUCCGUGCUCGUCGCGUCGGCGGCCUUCUUGGUGGCCGGCGCCGAUCGGGGCGGCGGCAGCGGCAGCAGCGGCAGCAGCAAGCGCCGGCCCUGGUGCGACGGCUGCGCGGGACCGCACGGGCUCGCCGACGCGCUCGACUGCGCCCACGAUGGCCAGGAGCGGAGGAGGAGCAUCCUCGCGGGCCGCGUCAAGGCGCAGGCGCCGGCUCUGGCCCGGUCGUGCUCCCUCGACCGCCGCGUGGAGUUCGGGGUCAAGAACAAGAGCUCCUGGCUGCCGCUGCGCACCGGCAGCCGUACGGAACAGGAAGAGGCAGCGCCGGCUCCCGAGGAGACAGAGAUGGAGCCGUCGUCGGAGGACUACACCUGCGUCAUCUCGCGAGGGCCGAACCCGAGGACGGUGCACAUCUUCGGCGACCGCGUCGUCGAGGGCGACCACCGGGAGAGCUCGGCGUGGCACAUAAACCUACCUGUGGACACACAGGCUUCUUGAGCUUGAGGUUGUGAAUAAAACAGUUUUUAGGGCUCAGGAGCAAUUUUAGGUAUGCUCUUGAAAACGAGAGAGGAUUUACAGUUUUUUUUUUAUGGUAGUAACAUGAUGUUCAAAAAUAAUCUUACACAUGUUCUUACAUUUGUGGAAAGUUUCGGUAAAAUUGAUGGUC